CUUUACGCAAGCGAGGUGAAAAUGGCGGCGUGCUGCAUGUGAAGGGGACACAACAGAAGCCGGUUUUUGUGAUUGAGGAAUAUGUAUAAAACAUCAUGUAGUCGACUCACAGGUCUGGUGGGGGCCACUGUGAACAAGAAGUUAUCCGCGAAUGCAGCGAAGUCUCACCUAAGCUCUUACCACCUGGCUGAGCUACGCAGGACGGAGUCUAAAGAAUGGCUAACAUUCCAGCAACUAAGUUUCCUGAAAAGACAGUAUGUGGUUCGCCAUGGCGGUGCCCUGUCGCAGCGCAUGCGUCCCAAGCAGGAUCAGCCCGUCUCUUCCAUGCUGGAGGAGCACGAUGACGUCACCGUCACACAGGUGCAGCGCAUCCCUGCCAACCACCUUGCCCAAGCCCACCUCCCGGUAUCGCUACCGGGGCCCGUGGCGGUACCAGCCCAGCCGGACCUGAGCGCAGAGCCAGAGGCGGACAGGCAGGCCCGCUUGGAGGCCCGACAGUGGAGAGAGAUCAAGGCGGACAUCGCGGAGCUGCCGGAUGUCUACGCAAGACUGGCCAAGAUCAAGCUCACCGCGUUGGUGGUUACCACGGCAGCGGCGGGCUUCGCCAUGGCGCCCGUGCCCUUUGACCUCUCCCAGUUCCUGCUGGCCUCCACAGGCACCUUCCUCUGCUCCUGCACCGCCAACUCCAUCAACCAGUAUUUUGAGGUGCCAUUUGACUCCAACAUGAACCGCACAAAGAACCGGCCGCUAGUCAGAGGACAGAUCAGUCCUCUCCAUGCGGUGUCCUUCGCCCUGGCGUGCGGGGUGCCCGGCGUGACCCUGCUCUCCCUGGCCGUCAACCCCCUGACGGGCCUGCUGGGGGCGCUCAACAUCGUGCUGUACACCAGCUGCUACACGCCCCUCAAGAGGGUCAGCAUCAGUAACACCUGGGUGGGGGCGGUGGUGGGGGCUAUACCUCCCAUGAUGGGCUGGACAGCAGCUACUGGCUCACUGGACGCAGGUGCCCUCCUCCUGGGCGGCUUCCUCUACAGUUGGCAGUUCCCGCACUUCAACGCGCUGAGCUGGAACCUGCGCGAGGACUACUCGCGCGGCGGCUACCGCAUGAUGUCCGUCACCCACCCGGACCUGUGUCGGCGCGUGGCCCUGCGCCACUGCGUGGGCCUGCUGGGCAUGUCGUCCCUGGCGCCGCUCACGGGCCUCACCACCUGGAUCUUCCCGCUGGCCUCGCUGCCCAUCAACCUGUACAUCACCUACCUGGCGUUUCGCUUCUACCGCCGCGCCGACCGCCAGAACGCGCGCAAGCUCUUCUUCUGCAGCCUGUGGCACCUGCCCAUGCUCCUCCUGCUGGCGCUCACGUGCAAGAGCAGGCAGCCGCAGCGGGACGCCGCCUCGGAUGCCGCCGCCGCCGCAUUACCUGGUGUGGCAGGUGCGGCCGGUGCCGUUGUCGCUAUGGUUACCGACGACAGCAGUCUGGCGGAUGCGUUACCUGGCGCAGGUGUGGCUGCUGCGGCCGGUGCUACUGCUGUUGUCGCUAUGGUUACCGACGACAGCAGUCUGGUCAGCACGCCGUGAGACGCGUUGUUAAGAGAGUCGCUAAGUACGUUGUAAAGGACUUUUAUUAGAGGCUGAGGAAGAGAAUGUGAUUGAGGGGGAGCUUUUCGCCACAACUACUGAAAGUCUGUUUCGCCACGCUUUACCCGAUUCCCCAACCUCUCUACCCUUCUAUGCUUUGCCUAAGAGGUGAUGAGAAUGAGUGAAAGAGUGUAAAAGAGUAUUACAUAUUGAAAUAAAAGAGAAACAUGCACUCCCUCCUCACCUGCAAGACUAUAACUCUUCGUUCAUACUGGCACCCUUCAUUUACCGUUGUCAGUGACUGAAUGGAGGUUAUCUUUUCAAGUGUCAAUUUUGUACACACAGUCUGAUUGGCUGGCAGGUCCUCUGCAAAUGUCAAAAUUCUGAACGGAUCUGACCCCACACUCAUUUUCGCACCCGCCCGUGUAAAGUCGAUGGUAUUCGUCAACGGUUUAGUGCCCGUGUGAACGCUGGGUAAGGGUUGAAGGCCACAGGCCCUUUGUCAAUAUACCCCUCACUUCCAAUGGGGCACCUAAGUCACGCCCUCUACUUCCUGGU